CUACAUCGCCAUUGAAACAAGAGAUCUUGGCAAAAUUCCAUGCAGCGCCAAGUGCCGGCCACCCUGGCAUUGAUCGCACGUUUCGGCGUCUCGCCGAAGUCUUUCACUAGCAGAGAAUGCGGAAGGAUGUCCGGCAGUUUGUUCGGGCUUGUGUGACCUGCCAAGGCACAAAGGCCUUGAGGCAGAAGAGUGGGAGGCUGCUUCAACCGUUACCAGUGCCCGUUCAUGUCUGGGAUGAUAUUACUAUGGACUUCAUUGUUGGUCUUCCUCCUUCCCGGGGAUACACCACGGUUAUGGUUGUUGUGGAUAGGCUUUCCAAAUACAGUCACUUUGCGGCCUUACCUGCGAUGUUUGAUACGCCGAAAGCCACGACGUUGUUUGUUGAUUUGAUUGUACGGCUUCACGGACUUCCUAAAUCGAUCGUCUCUGAUUGUGAUCCCAUCUUUAUGAGCAAUUUCUGGACGCCCCUUUUCACUUUGAGUGGCACCACAUUGAAGCUUAGUAUGGCGUACCACCCCCAAACCGACGGGCAAACGAAGGUACGUAUUCGCGGAUUAGAACAAUACUUACGCGCUUUUUAUCAUGCCCGACCCGCUAAAUGGUCCGCCCUCCUGCCGUGGGCGGAAUUGGCAUUAAACAGCACGUACCACGAGGGUAUCAAGAUGUCCCCAUUCAAGGCUUUGUAUGGCCGUGACCCACCCCCUACUACCAUACACUACGGGCUCGAGCAACGUGCAGACGCUGGAUGAUUUGUUGACUGAGCGACAGGAACUCCUUCGGGUACUCAAGCAGAAUUUACUUAGUAUGCAGCAACGCAUGUGUGUGGAGGCUAAUAAACACCACCGAGAGGUCACGUUCUCCGUCGGUGAUCACGUUUUACUCCGUUUGCAACCCCACCGGCAGUUCUCCGUUUCCAAGCCGCUAUCUGCCAAACUGGGUCGUCUU